ACUAGCCUUUAUAACACAAGGAGUUGUAGAAUUCCUUUCAUCAUUUGUGUUAUUGUAAAAAUACUCUUACGAAGAAAAAGAAAGUAGACAUAAUGCUAAAGAGGCAAGAUUCUUUAGCUCGCCGGCCAGAAAAUCAACAACAUUUUGUGAAUAAGUCUAUUGGUUGCAUGUCAGGCAUCAUUCAACUAAUCUCCAAAUAUCAAAAAAAGACCAAACGCCUUACCUCUGGCAUUAGAAAACAAGGUAAAGCAGCAGUAGUAGUUGGGGAAAAUGAUGAGCUAAAGGUAUCUGCAGCAAGAAGCUUCAAAAUGCAACAAGAUAAAAAAGAUCCACUGGAGGAAAUAAGUUGCCCUCCGUCAAGUACAGAGGUAAAGAGAAGGAAGCUUCUAGAAGCAUUGGAAAAGUGCAAUGACGAUUUACAGUCCAUCAGGAACAUUCUAAACUCCCUUAAAAUUAGCGAUAUUAAAAAGAGCCCCAACGAAUUCGCCAAAUCUAAACAUAAUGGGCAUAAGACACAAGAAAGGAUCAAGAAGCUAGAAGCAUAUGAAGCAGUUGAUAAAUUUACAAACAAUGCACCAUUAUUUCACAUGAAGCCAAAGUCAUGUAGCAAAGGCAUGAUUCAAAGUGUGGAGGAAGUGUGGAAUGAGUGUGAAUGGGGAGAAAAGAGAGAGGCAGGGAGAAUAGGGCUAAUCUUACAAGAUCACAUUUGCAGGGAGUUAAUUGAAGAGUUCCUCAAAGAAAUGGAUUUACUAAUUUCCUUCCGUUCAUUACCAUUUCUAGCAUGUAAGAAAAGGCUUCUCUUCUAAAUAUGUCAUAUAUAUUGAGAUAGUUGAUCAUUAUUACUACUAUUAUAUACUUAUAGUAAGAGACUUUGAAAAAAGAUGUAUUUAGUUGGCUUAUUAUUAUUCUGUUUUGCACCAUUUCUAUAUGAUAUACAAUAAAUUAA